AUGGUUACAAUGUCGCGGGUAAGUCCAUUACAGCCUGAGCAUCUGGUUUUGUCCACGAGGAACGUGUCACGUGGGCGAAGGCGCCUCCGAAUAGCUGUGAUGACGGUCAUGUGUGUGAUUGCCAUAACUGGUUUAAUAAUUCUCACGAUUUUGGACAGUGUUAAAGUAAGACAAAGGGGUGUCAAAUUGAGAAAUCUACAAACAAGUGUGAAGCUAAGCGUCGAGAUCGCAAGUCUUGUUCACAGGUUACAAAUUGAACGUGGCACCAGGGUUAUGUACGUGAGUUCUGGCUGGGAUACAGACGCCCACAAGCCCGUGCUUGAAGCAGAAAGGUUAACAGAUGCGAUGGUCGAAAGUCUGGAUACCUGGCCUCAGAAAUUGGACCGAUUUGGGUUUAAUAGCAAAGCCACUUUUAUGACGUAUGUAGGAGAUCAUCGUAAUACACAUGGUGUCAACAGCAGUACCAUUGAAAACGAGAUUCGCUUUUAUUCUGAUAUCAUUUCAGAUCUGUUUGACUGGUUCUUUCUAGACGUACCCUUGACCGAGAACGAUGUUCUACCAGACUUUAUAGGUUACAAAAUGCUCCUGGUUGGAAAAGAGAAAACUGGUAUUGAACGCGCUCUUGGGGGUUCUUAUUUCAUUCGAGGCCACUUCAAUGAAAUCCAAGACCUCCUAUGGUUUGCAAAACAGAACGUUCUUGGAAAAGACAAACUCUACUCUAGCCUGGAGUUUAUGCCAGAGAUCAAAGAGUUCUACGACGACGCACUGAAGGCCAGGAACGAAACACUUCUUCUAACAAUAGAAGAGAAAAGGAAGGUCAUUUUGACAAAUGAUAAACAAACUCCUUCUGUCGAUUUGGGUAUAAAAUGGUUCGAUCUCAUGACGAUUUAUAUAGACGCCCUACUGGAAGUUCAACAUCAUGUCAGUGAUGUUCUCCUAGAGAAAGUUCAAAAUAACGUUGAUGAAAGCGACCAAGAUUUAGUGCUCAAACUCGUUGUGUUCGGUUUUGUCGCUCUCAUUUUGAUGCCCUUUUUCGUGUACAGCGUUUAUACGAUGCAGGCCUACGCUGCCAAACUUCAUCAAAUCACUAAAGAUCUUAAAGAAGAGAAAGAAAGAGCUGACACACUGCUCUAUCAAAUGCUUCCCCACCCAGUAGCAGAGCAGCUAAAAUGCGGAAGGAACGUGACAGCGGAGCAGUUCGAAAGCGUGACAGUCUUCUUUAGUGACAUUGUUAAUUUCACACAAAUAUGCGCCAAUAUUUCACCAAUGGAAGUCACGCAGAUGUUAAACAGGCUCUAUGGGCUCUUUGACAACCACAUCGACAAAUAUAACGUUUAUAAAGUAGAGACUAUUGGCGACGCUUACAUGGUUGUCUCAGGGCUUCCAGAAAGAAAUCAGGAUCACGUAUCUCAGAUAGCGGUGAUGGCGCUUGAUUUGGUGGAGCUCAUGGAAAAAUUAGGCGAUCAUCUUUGCGUGAGAAUCGGUAUACACACAGGUAAAACUUUAACGCUAGUAAAGGAUGAAUACCAUGAAGAUGUAUUUUGCAAAACUCAAGACUUUUCAACACCUUGUAUGGAACGUAGACAUGAAGGGGAGGUAGUGUAUAUCAUUCGGUAGUUAUGGCGAUCAGAUGUGACGUCAUAAAUCACAUGAAGUCAAGAACCAGUUUGGCCUUAAAAGAGGCGGCGGGUUUAUUGGGCCCCUCCCUCAGAGUUGAAGUUCCUCGAGUAUGAUUUACUUGCUCCACAAUUUACGUGCGAGCGUGCGUGGCAAAUCAACGUCUCAAGUUGUUCGUUUGCCUCGCUUGCUGGUGCGUAAUAUGCGCGCCAGCGCGACAAACUUGAUGAAUUCGCUACUUUAGAAACGAGAAGCGACUUAGACCGAGUUAAAUAUCGCAAAGACUUCUAGGACUACUAUUGGGGAAAGAGAAACAAUGGACAAUAGCAGGAACCCAUUACCCAAUAGCUCCUGCCAAUAGCUGACCGGCGCGUCUCCGGUAACGAUCCCAGACACAACUGGGAGACACACUUCGGCUCCAACCACCUUAUCGUUAAAGUGGCGAAUGCUAGCAGUCUACUAAUGACUUUAUGACAGGUUUCUCAGACACAUUUUUCCUUCUAGGCCCUUGUGCGGCGGGAGUUGUGGGAAACAAAAUGCCUCGUUAUUGUUUGUUUGGUGACACUGUCAACACCGCGUCUAGGAUGCAGACGACGGGCAUGCGUGAGUAUGAACGACUCAAAAUUGAUCAAUAUUUGUCCACCGUUGAACGAUAUCGAUAUCUGUUGACUGAGUAGUCCUCAAACAUAGCAUGACAGAGAGUUUGACAUGCAGCACUCGCGGUCUGAUCCCUCCUGAUCAAUAAAUCUCGCUCUCUUUGUAGCAGGCCUUUGGUCAACUGAAAUGGGCUCUAGGUUAAAGUUGAAUAUCUACUAGCCUGCGUCGCAGAUGUUACCUAACCUCUGUUAGUGACGUCUGCGAAGCAGAGCCGAUAUCCUUGUUCUGGGCCCACAACGGACUCAAUGAAUUACCGGAAAUGCGUUUUGAAUUUCCCUUCAACCUGACUGGCAAAUGACGAUGGCUUUUUUAAGAGGCCAAUCAUAUCGCGUAGUCAAACCCUGGUACACAGGUUGGGGACCAGAAAUAGGAUUUCGGCGCUGUUUCGCGGACGGACUUAACGAGAAGUUAAUUUCCCUCCGUGGUGCAGGCUAAGAAUCUACAUGUAGCAUCAGAAAGGCAUGAUGAUAGUAAACUUCGAAUGGCAAUUAUUUGUUUUCAGAAUUUUCAAAACUUCACGGGGCAUUCAUUUAUUUUUAGCUCAGAAAAUUCAUGUCAGCCAGGAUACAAAGAAUUUGCUGAUUCAUCUGAGCGGUUAUUCUCUAGAAUUCAGAGGACAAGUGGACGUUAAGGUAUGCAUAAAAGGGAAAUAAAAUUUCGUCGUUGCUUGUUUACGCUCUCCGCGUAAAACACAAAAUUAGGCCUUCUCACGUCGUAGUCGUGCAAAAACGGCAAAGAAAUGUACAAAAAAGUGUGAUGCACGAGCGAAGUUGUUGUUUUGCUUAUUAAUCAAACCGAUUGUUUUUUAGACGUUCUCUUUGCUGUCGGGUCGUUGGAUCUUAAAGUCCCUUAUGUCACUCACAGUAAAGGUCACGAAUUAUGAUCCAACCAGACGGUAAAUAACGAAAACUUAGAAGAUGAGGUUGCAACAACUAAGAACGUUACCCAUUGUUAAGCUAAAAUAUGAAGUGUCAAUUUCCAAUCUCAGAAAAAAAGUGAAGGUUUUGCGCGGUCUUUUUUUCAGUACGGGAUUCGCAGAAAGUUUUCGACCUGAGCAAUAUAAAGCGAUACAACCAUCGAUACAGCCUUGUCCUCAGGCAAGGCUCUGAGAACGAGGUUAAAAGCGACUGUCAAUAACGGUGUCACAGUGGUAUGGGCAUUCCCGCGGUUUGAGCAUCCCCAUUUCCAAACCCUAGUGAUAUGGGCAUCCCCUGUAACCAUAACCGUAACCGUAACCCUAAUCUGAAUCGUUAAGGUAAUAUGAGAAGAGGAUGCCCAUAUCACUAGAGUUUUGGGAACUGGGAUGCCCAAAACGCGGGGAUGCCCAUAUCACUAUAACAACGGCACUCAAUCCUCAUCCUGCAUUCGCUACUUUAGAAAGGAGAAGAGAACUGGAGUCGAAAUGCGUCCCGCAAUUUUUUCUGGGAUUGGCCAAAUCGCCAAUAGUCCUCGUUCGAUUUAUUAAAAUUCUAACAUGACUCCGAGGCCUUCUGAUCAUUUUUCUACAUUUUAGUUUUCUUUCCUGUGCUCAAGUCUCUUUUGGGAGUUGCGAGACAAUGGAGUCUUGAGAAAUUUGCAAUAUUGGCCCUAAAACCUCGAAGUCAGGUUAGAAUUCUAAAAUAUCAAAGGCGGGUUUUCCCCUGUCGUUAGUUUCGUCGUUAGUUAGUAUCAUGAAGGAACUAAUUAUCUCUUAUUCUCUUUUGCAGGGAAAAGGUGAAAUGAAAACUUACUGGCUGUCAAAACACAUGACAUAACUCAUUUGGUGUCGGUUUUUAUUCAAGUCAGGGAAUAUUCAGUUAUGGGUUGUGACCAUCCUCUUGCAGCGUUGCAUUGAAGAUGAGAGAUUAUCCGGGAAAAUUCACUUGUUGCACUCGGCAUAUCAUGCGGUUUUUGAAAAUUUCAACAGAGACCUUUAGAUUCGAGGAUGAGAACGACUACGAGUACGAGAUUUGAUUUAAAGUUUUUCGCGUAUUGUCAAAAAAUAGACACCCCAAAAUUAUUCAAUGUACUUUUUUUUUUCAACAGAAAAGUUAGCGCUAUUAACAGUUAUCACUGUUGAAGGAGUUAAGCCAUCUCCCAAUCGCAAAAUUAAAAAAAACUCUUAACAUUUGAUAACUUGUUUCCACCACUACGAUAUUCUCGCUAAAAACUCGUUGUGGAAUGACGACGGUUACCACGUUUUCCCGCCAAAAUAACACUGGUUCACGCACGCGCACUACUUAGUAUCGAGAAAAACUCUUACUCGUGAUCGUUCUCGUCUUAGAAUCUAAAAGGUCUUUAAUAUGUGGACGUAUCGUCAUUAGCUUGUAAUAUGAUUAUUACCUAAUUAGUAGAGGAGACUGGUUAUGAAAGCCGGCAAAGAUCAAAGAUAAAAACAACGGUGCUGCAAUUUAUGCUGGAAGCUAUCGCGCUGUGAACAAUCCUUUGUUUUUGUUCAAAAAUCGUGAUGGAAUUAAUGCAUUAAUGCGGCGUGGUAGGAAUGCUAUUGAAAGUUGUGCACCUUCAACGGAAGUCUGACGGGCUUCAUAACCAUUCCACUCUAUUAACUAUCUUUAAAGCUCGGAAAUCUAAACUUCUCACAAUUACCUUAAAUGUAGCUGAGAUGUAAAAGGUUGUAAUGCCUGUAAAUAUGUAAAUUACUGUACUACUGCUGUAUCAAGUUCUCCCUAACUAAUACUUGCGAUAUCUGGUUAAAUGACGUCAAUAGUACAGGCUGUCGCCAGACAAACGCCUUUAGCCGCGAAGCCCUGGUUGUUUUCGUAGAGCUUGAGAAAUGGUGAGAAAAUUUUACACCUUACGUGGAGAAGAAAUAGCCGAACGUCUUCCUGAAAUCAUACCAAGAACACCGAAGAUUCAACGAAACGGAUUAAAUCUAGCAAUUAUUUUAAAGUAUAAAUUAUUUUGAAUGAAUAAUAAAACAAUUAUUGGGUUCAUCUUUCGUGUGAUCUGACAAAUUAUUUGUAUCCCGGAGGGUGUUAUCCGUCUCAGCAGAUCCAAUAAUUGCAAAAUUGCACAGUUUUAUUCAAUAACUGAAAUUAUUCCUAUUACUAAGCACAAAGGUUUUUUUUUCUGACAAUACGUUCACCUUGGUAGUAAUUAGAGGUAAACGUCGGGUGGCUAUUUAAAACAUCUUGGAAAAUUACAUCGACACAUAAGAGAUAUCAAAUCAGGAGAAAUCGUGGUAAAUACCUUCUCUUAAUAUUAUGGAUGACAAAUUACUCCUUGUUUUGGGCGCCAAAAUUUCAACUUUCAGAAUUUAUAAAGGAGAACGCCGAAGUUCAGUAUGUCUCCAGGUGGAUGGUAGAUGUUAAAACUGCAAGAUGUCAGGGUUUUCGAACUGACGCAUGUAGGACACCUAAACACACAAAAGCGCAGCAUUUUUAACUUCAAGAUGGAGUUUUUUGGGCAGUUUGUCGAAAAACUCAGACAAUUGUGAUCUUUACUUAUGCUUUAAACUGUUUCAAUACCAAUUUCAGGACACACGCAUUGACGCAGAUACUAGAGAGAUUACGAGUCACGUUUACGACAAACGGCAAACGUGAGAUUCAAGUUGAGAAUUUCUCUGAACAGACAAUAAACAGAUAAAAUCUGUCCAUAACUAUUCUUAUGGAUAAAACUGGCGUGAAACUACUUUUUUUCGAGUAGAAGUAAUAAACAGUAAACGACAAUUAAGGGUAAAACUUGGUCACGCGGCACAAAUUCACGUUUGACGUUUGACGUAUAGCCAGUACCUUACGCAUAUCACCCGGGAAGUGGCAGCCAAAUUGAACAGCUGUCUCGUCCUCAUUAGGACGCAUCAGCAUGGUAUAGCGCCUCAGCAGUAAACGGCGGGGUAGAUGAUCGCAAGUGAGACCUCUCGCCUGGGGCCAUGCCAUGCUGAUGAGUCCAUGGCUGCCAUUUAAGCCACUGCGCAGGCCAUAUGGCUGUGCGCAUGCGUAAGGUGCUGACGAUACCGCGAAGUUGGUAUUGUGUGCUUCAGUGCUGAAAUUGGGAUUGUCUGAACUGUCAGUGUGUUGAAUUCUCAAUGCAGUGAAAAAGUCGAUCAAAACGGUCACAAUUGUGGGUAAAUAAAUUUCCCGCCCAUAAUACUGAUGGAUAAUUGGUAUACUUGAGCAAUAAGGAAAUGAUUUUAUAAUUACUUGCGUUUCUGUCAAAAUUCUAAUGAUCUGAAUUUGUCCUAAUCAAGGUUCGGGAAACUAUUUAUUAUUAUUAUUAUUAUCAUUAUUAUUAUUUGACAAAACUCAGGUGAAACUGUUUUCUAAUUUUCCUCUCACCAUUUGUUUACGCAUACUAAUGUCACUAUUAGAAAUCGACUCUGGCUUGGCAUGCGAAGCGGCCAAUGGGAAUUUUUCACCAGUUUUUAGAACCAUCUGGCCUUAAUUGUCUCGAUCACAUUAACAUGUUAAAAGAAUUUUAUCUAAAGAAAAUGGUUUUUGAAUUGAAGGAUUACAUUAUUUUAACUUCAGUCAAUCCCUUUCAACUCUGAAAACUUUUAAGUUUAACAAUUAAAAUUGUUCUUUUAAAAAGGAACCGCUUCAUAGGUUUCAUUUUUCAGAAACUUUCACCACGUUUAUUAUUUUCUGUUAUUAUAAUAUAUUAUGGUAGCAAUUACCAACAAUUACAAUUUCACAGGGUGCAUAAGCAAUUACUUUUUCUAUUACAAAGGUGUUCUAAUUGUUUCUUCUAUGUCAUUUUUGUUUCUUAAAAAGAAACUGUGAGGAAAAAAAAUUAUGAGGGUUUAGAGUUUUCCAUCUUUUCAAGCCUGUUAAUUUUGCAUCCUGUCAAAUGCCUGGGCGGCUUUUAAAUAGUAGUUUCACGAUCGAUUAAGUUGCCAUUUGGAACAUAAUUAGAUACCAUAUUACUACUAGUUAUCAUAGUCAGAAAUGCAUCAACUUCGUAUAAAAAUAAGGUCGCAAUACUUUCCUAAUUAGAAGCGCGGACAAAUAUUGUUUCUAUGGCAUAAAUUGCAAGACGCAUUCAAUUAAAGCCAUCGUGUCUUUGUGUUAAUUCAGACUUGUUGUAUCUUUUUUCUUUUUCUUCUGACUUUAAAAUGUUAAAAACUUUCCUUCAUUUAGAAUUAGGGGAUUUGAAAAAAAAAUUGUUAAUAUCUUAUUCCUGUUGUCAAACUCCGGUCGGUUUUAAAGAAAACAAUAUUUACAAAUGUCUCCGUAGAUACCUUUCUUGUUAGACGAGUGGGGCGGAUCGAGUACAGGUGUAUUACAUUUCAAAUGCUUUGAUACACACAAAACGUACUUUCCAGUUUCAGUUUUUCUAUCGCUACUCAUUUUCGGAGAAACCCCUUCUUUUCGGUUGCCGUUACUUUUAGACGGUUCCAAUAGCAUCACCGUUUGUAAAAGUACACGAACGGUGAAAAUAUGAGAUGGCUUAAAGUUAGCAAAAAAUAAUAAACGAAUAUCAAAGCGACAAUCCAUUCUGUGAAAUAUUCUAUCAGUUCAUUUUGGUAGCAAUUAGGCAGCACGUGAAAGUUCUUCCCUCAGUUUACUGGAGAGAAUAGCCUGUUCCAAACUCCUAGAUAUUGAUGUAUAGGGAUCACGAAACACUGAUGCGAAAAACGCACAUGGGUUUAUGGGAGAGGAGGUCUCUUUUCCCUUCAACACCCUCUUCUCCACAUCACAGAAGUCUUAUUUUCGCUUGGCUUGUUUUCGCAACGUUUCUAGCUAUUAUCCCAGAACCUGGCACAGGCUAUAGAGAGAGGGGAGGCUACAACACUCGACUCAUAUCAGUGCAGUCCAGGGCGUGUCAGGCUUACAGCAGGUUAAAAACUAGAAUUGACCAACUCGAGAUCGAUCGAAGCUCAGAAUUCUCUUAUCACUUCCACGCGCGCGGUCAGAUUACGAGUGAUAGAAAGUCCAAACUGAGCAUGAUCAGAUUGCUUUUUAUGCAUUCUAUACUUUGUUGUCAGACAUGCGUGCCGCGCAUGCGUAGGAGCAACUUAGAGAUUUAGGAUUGCGUGCUCAUGUCCAAAGUUAGCGCAAAAUUUCAAGAUUAUUUCUGUAGAUUUGUUUUAGCCUACAAUUUGAUGUUUGAUUCCCUAAAAUAAUCCGAAAAAGUAACAGAGGCGAUUCUUUUUCUUUUUUCGUUCUUUUUUUUUAAAUGGAACAAGAACCCAGAUUAAUAUUUAUCCCGAGUGAGCGAUAAUCGGCCUUUUGGCAAAGAGUCCCAUGUUAAUAUUCCAGGGGCGUCGAAGCCAUAGGUGAGUUGAGGCUGUUGGAUCUUUUUUUCCUUCAAGAGGGUUUUCUUUCACCAAAAACCUCCACAUUAAAUUCUAAUUCGCUCUAAGACAUCAAAGAUUUGUUGAGGAACCUUAAGAUAUAUGGUGGGUGAACUAUUUUACAUCUUGCAACAGUCCUGCCUUUUCAAGUACAAGUUUAAAGUUGUCAGCUUACGCAAUGACCAUUUUAUUGACCAUAUAUGGUCACACAGCUGAGGGUUAGGAGCUCUGACCAUUCUCCCUGAACCAAUCAACAUGCAGGAAAUACAAUAACCAUAGUCCAGUUUAGUUUUCCAUAAAAGCAGUUAUUGUUUGAUAGACUUACUUCGUUUGAAUAUUUAACGAAUGUUGUACUUGGUAGAAAAAUUGGAGCCUAAACAUUUCCCUUGUGCUGGCCUUUGGCAGACCAAUAAUCAAAGAAAGAACUGUUUUUGAUAACUGAGACGAGAUGUUCCUGGCACUGUGCGCACAAUUGAUGAAUACGAAGGAUUGAAUUCUCCAUCCUUGGACCUGCUCUUCGUGAAGCUAAAGCCCGCGGAAAACCUACUUUGUCGUAAAAGAGGUGGGUUUUUUUUUUCAGUUUGCCAAAGAGUGAUAAGAGAAAACAAUAUUAGAUUUAAGCACUGUUUCAAAUUUUUACCGAUAGUUUGCUUUCUAAAUCUUAAGGUCCAUGUUUGUUUUACACUAUUACUUAGUAUGUUUAGGUACUUUUCCCCCCAAGGACAUCCAGCUGUAAUAUUAAGGGAUCGAGUCAUUAGUAAAUUUAUUAUAAUUACAAAGAUGUUCUCCUUGUGUUUUUUUAGAAACUGUAUUCGAUUUAGUUCUUAGCAAAGAUUGAGGCAGCAUUUUAUCAGGAUAAAAAAAUUUCUUAUGGAAAAAUAAUAUUACCUGUACGACAAAGAUUUUUUGAAAACCAUUCGAUUUUUUUGAAAACCAACCUAACGAAAUUUGCAGUCAUUUGAAAGAAAAGGCGUCAAAAGGCAGGCUUUUUGGGCCCGAUAAGCUCCAAAAUCACACUAACGAAGGAAAAGGAAAGGAGAAAAAGAAAGAGCGAGGACAAGGAAAGGAGAAGAAAAGAAAAAAAGCAAUGGUUGCACUCUUAGUUUCACAUAAUGGCUACUUUUGAGGUAGUUUUUGACCGUUUGGCGGUAGCGUUUUCAAAAAUAUAUACUCAUCAGAAAUUAAGACACAUGAUGUUUUCUCAACGUUUUUUUACCUUUGUCCAAAAUUAAAAUUCGUAUAAGGAUGACGUCGCAAUUUUUCUCCGAUUAAAGCGCGGGAAAACUGUUUUUAUUGCAGUUUAACCAAGCAUUCAGAAACUGAUUGCUAUACAUAUAGUUUAUGAUAACCUCACUUAGGGUCAUGUGUUAAAUUUAGGAUUGCUUUUUCUAUUCUAUUUCUUAAACAUGUUAAUUGUGCCUCCUGCCAUCUGCCACUAUAUUUUUUAUCUUGAGUUCGUGCAAAAAUACGAUCACUUUGUUUUUCUCGGCUGAUUGACGCGCAGGACAAAAUUGUUUUCAUGUAAAUUGUACUUUACCACGCAUUCAGAAACCGAUUGCCUGCUUUACAUCGAUGAUGACACCCCCACUUAAAGUGAUGCGUUAAAUUUAGUGUUGCUGUUUGUUUCUAUUUUUUUUGUAUAUAUUUUGACUUGAAAACUUUCGAAAGUUUCCUUCAUUUAGAAUAAUCAGGCUUUUGGAAAAGAAUAGAAAAAUUGCGAAUGUUUUUUUUCGAUUUUUCUUAAACCUCGCGUUCUAGCAGGUGCCACAAACUGUAAGUCGCCUUUUCAUACUAAACAAUCUUUUCAAACUCUUUACAAGAAUCACCGCAAAUUUCGCGUGGACAGCUGUAGUGUACUCAGCUCAGUCAUUUUCAAUUGUUUAACUUAGCCAACUGGAAACUUCUAUAAAUUGCGAAAUGUAUUUUUUUGUGAAAACCAAUCAUUAUAUAUUCUCGUUUAUGGUACGUAUGCUGAGAUCGAUAAGCUAGUUUGCUGACUAGUCGAGAUCCGAGAAUUGUAAACCGAUCCAGAACUACUGACUCCGGCGUGACUUUGAACAAGUAAAUCCUUCCCUCAACAUUUUGUGGCUUUAAUACUGAUCGAACUAGAUAUCUAUGUGGUCUUCUUCGAGGGAAGAGCAGAAACCAUUUUCUUGUAUUCCUUACUUAUUCUAACCUGCUAUCAGGCGUUUUUUUUCGGGGAAAGAGGAAAAAAGAAAGCCUUAUACAUUUACUUCACGGGUCGUCAGCUGCCGCCCCCUUACUAAGGUAUCUGUCAACAUUUGUGUUAUUAAAUGGCAGUUUGCAACGAAGGCGGCUAUCAUCGAAAUAUAUUUAUCUACUUUCCAGCAGGCAAGCGGUGAAUGUUAAGUUGAUACAGUAGUCGUUAGCAAAAACAUCACAGAUUUUAAAGACCAAGUUAGUACUGCUGUUAUUGAAAAUCUUGCCUUAUCGUUGCCUCGUGGUACCUUUGAUCAAACCGUCAAGUCAAACAAAUUUAUAAUUCAUUGAAAACAAUAGUGGAGCAGCAGAAUUCUGUAUUUUACUGGAAGUGGUCAAAAGUAUAGGAACUGAUUCCGCGGCAACAAAUCUUUCGUGGUCUUUCAUCCGUUCGCAAAAGCGCGGGCUUAAAAUCGUCAAUAAUUACUUUUUUUACACACUUUCGCGCGGUUGAACUCGAUCGGAAAUCAAACACAACAACUCUGCGUAGUGAGAGCAAGAAAGCGUCGAGGUAGCCUGAAUUUGAUCCGAUUACUUCGAAUCGUUAUUACUCUCUCAGUUGUUGAGAGGAGAAAACGACUCGAAGCAAUCGGAUGAAUUUCAGGCUAGCGUCGAAGAAGAGAUAGCGGAUAUCCUUACCGGUAACAAAUAACAACUCGUCCUCAUCCCAGCAGUCGAGGAUUUUUGCUGUUCAUUGUUGACUUGAUUCAUUAAAAAAGUAUUGAUUGUUUUUCUUAAGACCUAGUUAAAUAGACGGCGAGCGGUCUCUUUUUCUUUAGAUUUAGUUAGGGGAGUUGAACGCGCGCGCGAGCGUCGAGCGGGGCAGCCGUGAGACGCAAGAAACGAGGGCGACAGCCUUCAAUCACGUGCUCGACGGACCAAGAAAAAAGAAAGACUGCUCGUGGUCUAGCUGUUAAAAGAAUUCCUCCAUCAUCUCGUGGUUUCUGUCAUGAAGAGACGAAGGUGACAAAACCUAUCUAAUAGCAGCGGAAGUCAGAUCUUUUGCUUGACUAAUCGGUGCAGGGUUCCGGAGGAUCUUUUGUUUUUUCGACCAAUCAGGCAACAGUCCCGAUCCUGGACCAGGCCGGUGCAGACGACGCGUAAAGUAAAUGUAUCAGACGUCCUUUUCCCCUCGUCUUCCAAACAAAAGGGAGGAAGGACCGCCUGAUCGCAGGUAUAUUCGUACUAACUGAGUAAACUGUUGACCGAAGAAAAUCUGAUUCAUGAGUUAUUCUCUUUAUUACAUUCUGAUAGUUCUGAGGGCUUCAGUCCUUCCUGGCUCUUCUUAAAUUCUGCGCUACGCAGGCAAAACUUCCUCAUUUUGGCCUUUAAGCUUUCUCUUGGGAAGUUUAUUAAUUAUUAGUAACAUUACUUUUUAAAACACUCUCGCCGGGAUAAAAUCAUGCAGAAUGCCAAACACUCUAGGUACCCAAGUGCGGAAAUCCAAGUUACUCUAAGUGAUAGAUUGAGCAACUAGUAAAUGACUGUAGGUACGUUUUGUAUUUUAUUAAAUUCUACAGCUUAAGUCUGGUUAAUUAAUUCUUCUUUUGUCACGAUAACGCCCAAUUUAUGAAUUGGUCGGCGAUAGACUAAAGUUACUGUUUUGUUUUACGAGACCGUCUUCACCGAGAUAUGUGUCAUUGAUAUGUUUGGAGUACAAGUAUCAUCUUUCAGGUUCGUCUCGGGAGCGGUUUGUAUCUCCUCCUCGUAGAUUUUCUCAUUUCCCGAACUAUUUUCAUAGGAGUGAAAAACUUCAUUUCACGUCGGUUGACAUCAAAGAAAAGAAAUUAUAGACCGAAAGCGUAUAAAAUAUUUGCUACUAGAUAUUUCAGCUAAAUCGCGUAGCUUUCAUCAGUCGGAAGUAAGUGCAUGGUUACAUAGCAGUCACGUGACCUCAGGACGGCCGCUGACUUUAUUUCCAAUUUGCUGAUUAGCUGUCAUUUGUUCUUCAGUGGAUCCGUCCUCAAUACUUCUGAUGGCAGAUGGCUGUUCGCAGAUGGCCCAUGGACCCUAUGAAAAAAUGCGGACAGAAAAAUAAAAAAAAAGGAUGGGAAAUGACAUCAAAACAUUAAAAUGUGAAAUUCAAAACGAAGAAUAACGAAUUUUAAGUAUGGAUGUCUUUAAAAGGAGAGGAAAAAAAAUACAUUUUUCCCUUUCGUUGCCAGGUGAAAAAAAAAUUACAUUUUUUAAUUUACCUUGUAGAGAAGCGUCGUCAUGGCAACAAGUGUGAAAGUGAAUCCAACAGAUUCCGAGCCUCAGCAGCUAGUCCUGCCCACAAGAAACCUUUCUCGUGGACAAAGGCGCCGUCGGAUAGCAGUGAUGACGGCUAUGUGUGUCAUUGCCAUUACUGGUUUAGUAGUUGUGUCAAUUUUGGACAGCGUUAAAGCAAGACAGAAGGGUAUCAGGUUAAGAAACUUACGGUCUAGUGUAAAUUUAAGCAUUGAAGUCGCAGAGCUUGUCCAUAGACUACAAAUUGAGCGAGGGUCCAGGGUUAUGCUCGGGAGUUCGAGUGGAGAUGCCAGCGUGCGUAAAAAGGUACAGGACGCAGAAGAUUUGACAGACGAGGUGGCAAAAAAUCUGGACACUUGGCCAAAAGAUUUGAAGCGAUACCCAUUUAACAGCAAAGAUACAUUUAUGACACUUCUCAACAAUCAUCGUCAUGGUAUUAACAAUAGCACCAUUGAAAACGAGAUUCUCUUAUACUCCAGUAUUAUCUCCAACCUGUUUAACUGGUCCUUCCAAAACGUUCUUUUGUCCGAUUACGAUGAUCUACCAAAGUUUAUAAGCUACGAAAUACUACUAAUGGGAAAGGAGAAAACAGGCAUCGAACGCGCGCUCGGUGGUUCCUAUUUCAUUCAAGGCCACUUCAAUGAAACCGCAAAACUCCUAUGGUUUGCCAAAGAAAACUUUCUUGGAAAGGAAAAAAUAAAUUUUAGCUUGACGUUAGAGCCUCGCAUGAAACGUUUCUACCAUAAGGCAUUGAACAAGACACUUUUGUCACAGAUCGAAGAGAAAAGAGAAGUCAUUUUGAGCAAUAAAAAGCAAGUCCCAUCCGUUGAUUCGGGGAUAGAAUGGUUCGAUCUCAUGACCAUUUACAUAGACGGGUUGCUUGAUGUUCAACGUCAACUUGGUACCUUGAUCCUCGAAGAAGUUGAGGACCACGUCAGUGAAAGCGACCGCGAUUUGAUUCUUAAGCUUCUGGUGUUUGGUUUUGUUGUUCUCAUUUUGAUGCCAUUUUUUGUGUACAGCGUUUAUACGAUCCAGGCCUACGCUGCCAAGCUUCAUCGAAUUACCAAAGAUCUUAAAGAAGAGAAAGAAAGAGCUGACACACUACUCUAUCAAAUGCUACCCCACCCAGUGGCAGAGCAGCUAAAGAGCGGAAGGAACGUGACAGCAGAGCAGUUCGAAAGCGUGACAGUCUUCUUCAGUGACAUUGUCAACUUCACGCAAAUAUGCGCCAGUAUUUCGCCUAUGAAAGUGACGCAGAUGUUAAACUGGCUCUACGGGCUCUUUGACAAUCAAAUCGACAAAUACGACGUGUAUAAGGUGGAGACGAUUGGUGAUGCUUACAUGGUGGUGUCUGGGCUUCCGGAACCCAAUCAAGAUCACGUGGCUCAGAUAGCCUCGAUGGCACUUGAUUUGGUGGGUCUUAUGGAAGGAUUGAGUCCUGCUGUGAGCGAAAUCGAACGCGGUCAUCUUUGCGUGAGAAUUGGCAUACACACUGGUAAGUUUUAUCCCGAACCGAAGUACAGUAGAGGUCAAAAGUACAUUAAAUUCGGUUAAAUCGUUUCAAGUACCGUAUUCACUCGAGUAAGCGCUGCCUCUGAUUCAGCGUUGCCCUCGAAUAAGCGCAGCAUUUAGGAUAAAAAAGUUAAGUGCCGCGGCCGUGAUCAAAAUCAAAAGACUUUAGAUCUGGUAGUUUGAUACGGAAAAUAAUAAUACCGUAAUUAAUACAAUUCUUUGACGCGUCCAACUUUCGAAUAAGCGCCGCACUUAAGGCGUGAAAACUCUAAAAAGCGCCGCGGUGCUUAUUGGAGUAAACACGGUAAUCCUUACAAAGCGCCAUCACGCACGACUCCCUUCCUUGAGACCAUUUAAGGAAAAAAUGCCCAUCUACCCCUCCCCUAAACCAACAUGAACACUUAGUUCUUUCUUAGGGCAAAAUGUUGGCUUAGGGAAGGGGUAGGUGGGCAGUUUCCUAGAAACGUAAUAUGAUCCCAUUUAAGUUUCGCGUGAGACUGGGUCGGUGUCGUAUCGAAUUGCACCAUGGGAAUGUUCUUGGGUGGUUAUUGCUUCUUUUACUGACUAUUACAAGGUUGCGCGGGAAACUAGGUUAAGAAAAGUCCUCCCAAACAGUCCCAAAGAUGAAUUCAACACAACAUGACCCAGUAGUGGCUGGGGAUCAAUUUAGGUUCCUGGGAAACUGCCCACUUACCCCUCCCCUUAGCCAACGUUUUGCCCUAGGUGAGAAGUAAGUGUUAAUGUUAGCUUAGGGGAGGGGUAGGUGGACAGUUUCCCAGAAACCUAAAUUAAUCCGCUUCGAGUUCAUUUGGAAGGGUAGAUGCAGCCAGAUUAAUUCACGUUAACAGGAGCCCAUAACUUGGAGCGAGCAACUUCCAUGUACUCGUGACACUGGGUUUUUACCGACCAGUUUAUAUUUAAAACGAUUUUGGGGCGAAUUUAGAAUAUCCUUCAAGUCCCAAAAACCAGUGAACGAAACUUACAGACCUGAAAAUGGUAAUUAAGGAUUAAUAUUAAAUUAAUAUUAAGGACGCGUACGUUUUAAGGACAUAACCUAUGUUCUUAAGAAUAUCAUCUAUCAGUGAAAUUUUUCAGGCCCUUGUGCGGCAGGAGUUGUGGGAAUCAAAAUGCCUCGUUAUUGUUUGUUUGGUGACACUGUCAACACGGCCUCACGGAUGCAGACAACAGGAAUGCGUAAGUAUGAGUGAUCCAACAUUGAUCAAUAUUCGGCCAACGUUGAUGACCAGGCUUAAAACAGCAGCGCGGCAACUUCUUAAAUAAUGAUGUCUGUGUUGUAGGCAUGAGGUCAAUAGGGUCGGGCCAGUUCAAGCCCCACGCCAGUCAUAUGACACACUAACUGAUAGUUCGGUAGACAGGGUAGAGAAGGGCUGUAAUGUCGCAAUUUUUAAAAAUCGAUAUCAUCCCAUAAAUCAAUACCCGUCGCAAUUUGUGAUAAACCAUGUCACACACAAAAAGCGGUCGCAAUUUGCAAGAACUGGUCCAUUCGCAAUUUGUGAUAAACUACUCCCUGUCGCAAUCGGAUUAAUUAGCAUAAAAUCAAAGCACUUUGCUCCUCUUGUUUUUAAGGGAAAAGCCCUAGGAGAAACAUUGGAUGGGAAGAGGAAAGGGAGGAAGAAUCCGCCUCUUCUCUCUUGUCAUAGUUCACUCCAUGCUAAGCCUCUGUGGAUCAAGGACAAUUAAGAAUCAAACGCCUACUCAGUAGUCUGUUUUAACAAUCAACUUGGCACGCUCAGUCUGACAGCAAUCGCUGCCCCAAGUGGGUACGGUUGAGCCGCUGAGGGUUUGAAACCCUGAUCCUGUUAAGGACAAAACAAUCCUAAACUCAAUCUCACCGGUGCUCACCUAUAUCAAAGAGCACCCUUUAAAAAUAUGUUUGAAGGUCAACACUAGUUUUCAUCUAUUUUCAGCCCAGAAGAUUCAUGUAAGCCAAGACACUACGAAUAUGCUGACUCAUAUGAGUGAAUUUACGUUGGAGUUCAGAGGCUUUGUCAGCGUCAAAGUAAGGUUUUGUUCAGCUUUUACAUCUCAGUGACCGUCAAGCUCCACUUUCAUAACAAAUCGUCGAUGGUAGUCAUUAGAAUUUGCAUUGUUAAAUAAAAUCAAAAUAAGUUUACCCAUUCUCUAGGGUAGCAACUGGGAAGUCAUGGUCCCGUUUCACGUGCAAAUUUUGACAAAUUUCCCGUGCUUCGUGCUUCAUUUUCACGAGGCACAAAUUUAGUCAUCAGCCCCUCCCGCCCGUUAAUAAAAGAGGCUACGAACCGGAACCACAUGCGGUUUUUAGGUUCUAACUUUUUGGUAAUUGUUAACCAGGACAAAAACGUAACGCAACGAAUGCAACCGGCGGCACUGUUCAAUCUAUAAUUUCUAUACCAUUGAUUUUCUCGAAAUGGCACAAAAAAUUCACGAGUCCCGCAUAUCUUACAAGAUAAAUCACGCUUCAUAUCCAUAAGUGGUCUCACAGAUCACUUUCGUAUUAUGGAAAAUUUCACGCGUCACAUGCCAAAUUUCGGCCUAAUCACACGUCACGCAUAAACCCUUUGCUACCCUCAUUCUCGAGCUCGUUUGUCUAGAGAUAUUAAAGACCUUAAGAUCGAGGUUUGUUCAUUUUACUGCAAACGACGAACUGCGGUUUGCGGUUAACGGUUUCAUGUUACCCGUCUGCCCAUAUUUGGAAUUAAGAUUCGCGGGUGGUAGCUCCCGGCUGCCAUGUUUGUUUUCAUUUAUCCAUUUACUUCUACUCUAGCUGAGGAAUUGUCUUUAAAAUUACGCUUUUUUAAAAUAGAAUUCAAUAAUCAAUAAGUAAAAGAGUUCUACAAAGUCGUAUUUGUUCUCAAACGUGGGAUUGUGAUGUUUUAGGGUGCAAAAAACCUUGCGGUAAAUCACUUACCUCUGGAGCGUGGUCUCGCCGUACGAACGUGAAGCUCAAACCGCAAACCUGACGGGAAGGCACUAGUCACAUGACUUUUUGACAUUCGCGGUUCGCGGAAGGUGCCGAAAAACCUCGAUUUUAAGGUCUCUAUUGCAUGAUUUUUUGGCUCUCCUAGAAACCCAUUGACUCCUCUUCCGCAGAAGAAAAGCCGCACAGCCUUUGGAGCAGGGUUAUUUUAAUAACCCUGUAAGUCUAAAAUAGCUAGUUCCCAGGCGUUUCCGUUUACUCGGUCAUGCAAUACAUGGGAUUAUUGGCAAACGUCCCCCUACUCAGGUCUUACCUAUUAAGGUAAGAUACAAAGUCAUAUACGUGGGAGAUAAUAUAGAUGUGCUUGGCACUAGACAUUAGAUUAUGUAAAAAUGAAAAUUAAAGCAAUUAAAUUUUACUGUAACAAUUAUUGGUCUGGCAUGGAGGAGAUCAACAUUGGCAGGAAAAUGAUUUCUUAUUAAAUAAGAUGCAGAUAUCUUAAACAUGAAGGUUGGUCAGUACCAUAUUAUAAUUCUUUCCAAUUCGCUUUCUUUUUUUUUCAGGGAAAGGGUGAAAUGAAAACCUACUGGCUUUCAAAACAGGAGACAUGA